CGACGAAUCCCGCUCAUGGCAAGCGUUCUCGCCUCCGACGCCUACAACAAGGUCACGCGUCUCGCCAACGGGCGGCAAGUGAGCUACGCCGACGUCGGCGACGGCUUUCCCGUUGUCUGCCUCGUGGGCAUGCAUGGCCAUCGGCACUACGCCUACCUCUUCCACGCGCUCGCUGCCAAACACGGCGUGCGCUUCCUCUGCAUCGACCGCCCGGGGUAUGGCCUCUCGGACGCGUCGGAUGACGCAACGCCAGUCCCCAUUGCGUUCGCUCACAUCCUCCACGAGCUCUUGGGCCAGCUGGGUAUCGAGUCGUUUGGCCUGAUGGGGCAGUCGGCCGGCGCUCUCUUUGCGCUUGGUAUUGCGGCUACCGAUGCGCUAAAGGGCCGCAUUGCCGGCGCCGUCGUCCUUCUUGCCCCGUGGGUCGGCGUCGAGAAGAGCCCGUUCUUGCUCAAACUCGCGAGUUGCUGCCCAAAUGUGCUCUUGUCCGCGGGCGUCGGCUGCUUAAGUGCGUCCAUGGACGUCAGUAUGUCGUACCUGGCGGCAAAUGCGUCUGUGCCCGUACUGUGCGCUCAAGAUAACGACAGCGACGACAACGACGAAACAGCGCUCAUGUCGCCACGUCAUGUGUGCCUAGGCGAUCUCCGCGCGACCAUUUCCAAAGAGCCGCAGAACGCGAUCGGCGACGUGCUCCUGUGCCUCGGCCGGGACCCGCGGGGCGUCGGCUACGACGCCAACACAAUUUCGUCCCAUGUACAUGUUGUCCACGGUGAGAAAGACAGUAUGGUGCCGGUCGCAGCUGUGCUGGACUUUGUCGCGGCGAUGCCAAAUGCGACGCUCGAGCUCGUCCCAGACGCCAAUCAUUCGAAUCUUGGUUUCAACGAACCAGCAAUGGAUAGAGUGUUUGCCCAGUACUCUCGGACCCCGUAACUCUCAAAACGAUGCUGAUCUUCCUGGAGAAAUAAUUCCACUUUCUGC